UUUAAUGCCUUCCGAUGCAUUUGUCGUUUCAUUAAUUCUAUUUCUAUUUCUAAUUCAAUUUUAUUUUAUUUUCCUUUCCUUUCCUUUUUUCUUUAUACAUUCUCCUCUUUGCUUAUUAAUUUUAACAUGAGCAGCGGCAGCCCCUACUACUCAAUCGCCGGCCAGACACCAGAUGCACUGUCACCACGCAAGGAGAUUUGCAAUUACUUUUCUGCUUACCCGCUCUACUCGCUCGCAUGGUCACGGCGAGAAGACCGCAACAGUAUGUUCCGCAUGGCUCUGAGCAGCUGCAUGGAGAAGCCAACAAACAAAGUACAGGUGAUCCAGCUGUCUCCGCAGCACGACCCGUCGCACACGCCCGAGAAACCCGAUUUUGGCCUAGUCGCCGAGACUACUGUAGACUACCCAUUGACCAAAGUAAUGUGGCAGCCGGCGAACAACGGCUAUGCGCAGCCGGACCUGCUGGCUGGCACAGGCGAUUCCUUGCGUCUGUGGGAGUGCGAGCAAACAGGAGAGGUGGGUGAAAUGGGGCUGUACAAGUCCAAGCUGCGGCAACGCGCGAAGCUGACCACACGGGCGGACUACUCCGCGCCCAUCACAUCGUUUGACUGGAAUCAGGUGGAUCCACGGCUGAUCAUUACGUCGAGCAUAGAUACAACGUGUACGGUGUGGGAUAUUGAGACACAGCAGGCCAAGACGCAGCUGAUCGCGCAUGAUCGCGAGGUCUUUGACGUCUCGUUUGUGUCCGGCAGCCAGGACGUGUUUGCGUCUGCGGGCGCUGACGGGUCGAUUCGAAUGUUUGAUUUGCGGUCCCUGGAGCACUCGACCAUAUUGUACGAAGCACCAGCGGCAGUCGCGCCGUCUUCGUCAGACGCCGGACUGGGCGACCCCUCGUAUUACGCGGAUACACCGACAGGACUCCCCAACGCACGCAUAUCCUCGUUCAUCCCACCGUUACUCCGCCUAAGCUGUAACGCCCUGGACCCCAACUACAUUGCGACGUUUGCCCUGGACUCGACCAAAAUCACCAUCAUCGACGUGCGCAACCCCGGGUUUGCGGUUGUGCAGCUUGUCGGCCACCACGCCCCGAUCAACUCCAUCGCUUGGAGCCCCGUGUCCUCCAGCCAGCUGUGCUCGGCGGGCGCUGACUCCCGCGUGCUCGUGUGGGAUAUCCAGCAAACUUUGAGUGCCAGGCAGCAGCAGCAGAGGCAAGCUGCGAGUGUCGCGGCGCAGGCCAAGCAGCUGAGCAGGCUGUCGUCAUCUGGAGAUCAUAAGAUGGGGAGCGACUUCGGCGACGACGAGGGGAUGAAGCCGCCCAUGUCGAAUGCUGUACAGGCGGCGGCGCAGGCAGCGGCAGCGCAGGCGUUGACACAGCAGCCGAGUAAUGUUGCACCAUCGUUGACGUAUGCUGCCAGGCUGCCGGUCAACUCGCUGGCCUGGCACCAGAAUUCGCCAGAGUGGAUCUCGAUUGGCUUUGGAAACACUGUGCAGACGCUGCGACUGUAGUGAAAAUUUUAAUUAUCUUGUGCGCUUGAUCAAGUAAACGUUUACACUGAAGAAAAUAAUGAGACUGCAAAUAUCUAAAAUAGAAAAUUCAUGUUUUACAUGUGUGUACUGCCUUUAUCUUACCUCCAGCAAAAUGUGUUACC